CUUUUCCUCUCAUUUCUUCCACCUUCCACAAGUUCCAAGCUAAUUUUCCGAUGAUGAGAAACAAACAGAGAGGUGGAGACCUGUCUACUCGAGAGUAAUCUUCAGCCAUACUCUCCCGUCGUUGGCAAUCCCGUCACCAAUUCUGAAGACAGUCUCUCCUUGCAUUUUUGGAGGAGGGAAGUAAUAAUCGACCUCUCAAUCGAAGAUCUUUACUCCUGGGGUAAAAGAGUGGGAUUUUUGUCUCUGCUAUUAUUGAAAGACAUUUGAUUCGUACACCAUAUCCUUGGUAAAAAUGCUUCGAGUCGUCAGGGCAUCAUUUCUAUGGCGUAGACAGAUGCAUGCCCUAUCCCGUGAUGGUCCUAGUGAAACAUUGAAGAGGAAGGUUGCUGAGUUGGAGAAGAUGAGGAAAAGAAAGAACCCUAUCAAGGAUAAGUUAUUGGUAGAUGUUCCAGAAUCAAAAUCUUACCUUGAUACAGCAACUAUGCCAAUGAUUCUCACUGCUGUUGGAGUUGCACUUUUCGCAAAGCUCCUGAUGAUGUUAGAUGAAUCCAAAUCCCAAGAGAUGAUUGAGCGCAAAAUAAAGCAUGCUCCUGCUGGUCAGGGCACAGUUAGAAUGCUUAGUCGUGAGGAGUGGGAUGAAAUUCAAGAAGUGCGGCCAAGGACUCCAUUUGAAUCAAAGCUUGCUCGUCCAAAUGCGCGGAUAAGAACUGGGGAACCAGUACACAUGGAGGAUUUGAAAGAUUGGACAAUUGAUGUGCUCACAGAUGCACUCACACGGGUUGAAGAAACUGCUAGAAGCAAGCCCAAGUGAAUAAGAGAAAAGUAGACGCGUUGGCUCGCCAUCGGCAUGUAAAAUUGCUGUUUAGCCCAUAUUUACACAGUAGCUUCUCAAGUUUGUCCCUCUGAAAUCGUUACGUUUGUCCUCACCUCUUUUACUUUAUUUUGAAGAAUUCCUCACCCUUUAAUAACUGUGCUUCAUUACCCCUUUGCGAAUGUAAUCUGCUGUAAAGCCCUCUGUUGAUUUUUAGUAUGUAAUUGCUUGCUUAGCUUAUUCUUCGUGAUAAUAAAUCACAGAAUCGGCUAUGUUUUUCUUC